AUGCAAACGAAACCUAACUUUGGGAGUCUGUGUCUAGAGCUGUCUUCUCUGCUUUCAGAGCAUGCAACCACAAGCAAUGGUAAUGAAUCGAUUGCAAAUCCUGCCAUUGUCAAUGAUGAAUCUAUUCAAUUUGAUUCAGACAAAAAGGUUCUUUCCUUCGCAUCCUGCUCUUCCUCCAUCUUAUCUGAUUCUUCACCUGUUCAAGAUUUAGAAACUCAACAUGAUAAAUCAUCUUUUAAGUUAAAAGCUGAUGAUCAAUUAGAAAAGCCCAAUGAGGAAUCAAAUCCCUCCUCAUCAAUCCCACCACGUAAUGAUCACAUUUCUGAAAGCCCUCCUAUCCAAUUAAUGGAACGUCAAGAAACCCCCAAAUAUAGAAUCCCAUCUCAUGUGUUUACAAGAAAGAAAUCCACUACUCCAGGUGAUUGGAGCAUGGCUUCAAACGAGUCUUUAUUCAGCAUUCCCAUGGGCAGCAUAAGAUUAUACAACCAGGACAGUUUCCUUUUUGAAGAUCUAGACCUAGGUUAUGACACCCAAUUUGUGGAUGAUAAAACAACAGACACAACAAAAAACCCCCAAAUUAAUGAAGUAAAAAAUCAAGGAUCAAACAUGCUAGAUGAACAUGAACCCAACAAUUCAGAAAACAAAGAAGAUUGCCAGUCUACUGCUGAUGAGCAUACUUCUUGUUUUUCUACAGACAGCAGUUCAAGAUCUUUUGUGUUUCCAGUUGUGGCAGGAGAGACAGGGAAAGGUGGUUCAUCGACUGGAGUUCCAGAAGAACCAAAGCAAGGACCACCACCACCACCACCACCAGAGGCUGAAGGAUCAGAGGAAAAGACAAAAACCAAAAAAGCAACUCCAUUAUUUGUAGUUUGGUUUCCAUGCUUUAGAUAUUGUACAUGCUGUUCUUGA